AUGGCAACCAUUAUUGAGCCUAUGAAAGUCAAAGCAGAUGGCAGUCUUGACAUCACAGAGGGCUUCAAAUAUACCGAGAAAAAAGUAUGCCGGCCAAUACCCGAUGAUAUCACAUUUCCUCUUUUAUUUCAAUAACUCAUUUAACCACGUAAUGGCUUUCUCAUUCACUUCAUUACAGCUCCUCGACCACUUGAAGAGAAUCAAAGCAAACCCUGCUGCCUUUGCCGUGGACGAUGAAUAUAUCAAUCCGUCCGAAGGAAAUAGUAUCACAGAUGCGAUUGAUGAACUUCUUGCCCUCGCGUGAGUAAUCUUGCCUUUUCUCGUUUCUCAUUUCAAUAUGGUUCAUGAAUGUUAAGAAUUGUGAUGUAGGGAUAAGAAGCGUAUCUUUACAUUGAGUUUUGGAACUCUUGAAGACGCUCCAGAGGAGCGGGAUGAUGACCAACCUGAGGCGGCUGAUCAACCUGGUGAACCUGAUGCUGCCGAUGAACCUGAUGAUGCUGAUGAAUCUGGCACUGCUAAUGAACCUGGUGCUGCUGAUGAACCUGAUGCUACUGAUGAACCUGAUGCUGCUGAUGAACCUGAUGCUGCUGAUGAACCUGAUGCUGCUGAUGAACCUGAUGCUGACGAAGAUACCGUUGAGGUAGACGAAGACGAUGAAGAACAGGCGGGAGACGGGGAGGAAGAGGAGUUGGUUGAUGGAGAUGAUGAAGAAGAUGAUGAUGUUGAAGCAGGCGCCGGAGCAGAACAAGACGACGAAGAGGACGAAAACGAUGAAACAAACAAGGUCCUCGUCGACAAUGCCUACGGCUUCGAUGGUGUUUUGUUGCCCAUAACCACCAUCUACGACCUCUUGGGUUACGUAAUGUCGAUUUCUUCCAAGAAUUUCCCAGCAACCGACUCCUCCACCGCACGAAACUACUACUUGCGCCUGAUAUCCCUCUAUGCUAGAUGGUGCCGAGUUCUCAGUCCAAACAAAGUCUACUUGAAUGGUAACAGAAUGGUCCAUCUAACCUGGUUCAAGAACACCGAACCUUACCGCAUCCUUCUCGGAUGUACCAUUGGACAAACGGACCUCGGAGUUGCCACCAAAACGGGCGUGAAAAAUGAAGAAACUAAGGAAAUCCGCUUGGAGGAUUCCACCAAAACGGAGUCGAGGGACAUUGCUAAAGAGAUAGUCAUCAAGAAUGAUCGUCAAAACUUUUUGAUCGAAGCGGGAUUUGAGGCGCCGAAAGAGGGUGGGGAAAUUGUGAAGAACUUUGGCAGUUGUGCCGAGUCCUUUUUCUACAUUUAUCAGGGUAGACAGACGUAAGUUAUCCAGUUGAUGCAUGAGUUUCUGAAAUCAAAACAGCUAACGAGUGAAAUGUAUAGACCUCGUGUUGAUAUGUCUGAAGUCAAAGGUUUAGCAAUGUUUCCAAAUAUACUUCACGGGACAAGCGACAAAAAGUAUGUGGAAGAGACAGCAGCACUCAAGGCUCUGCAACCACCCUGUACAACAUCUUGCCGAUUACUCGUGGCUCAGAUGGGCGCCGACUGGAAGGAUUGUUUUAGUGUAACGGCCUUGAAGACUGAGUGCAGGCAAACUUGGUCCGUAUUUCAAUUUCUACCAAGAUUAAAGACUGACUGUUUGCCCUAGAUAAGCCCGAAUGUUGUAAACAGUUUGUGGAGUUGUGAACCGAGGUAUUCUUUCGGUUUUUGUAAAAGGCAGAAUAUGGAAUGAAAAGUGGCUGGUUUCAGUGUAAGAGGAGAGUGGUAUUGUUCUAGAACUUAAACAUACAUCUCGUCAUUAGUUGCUUGCAGGUCAGAUAGAUGUAGUACGAUUAUCCUGAUAACUUAAAU